AUGCAAACCUUCAUUGUCUUAGCCGUUGUUGUGGCUGCUGUACUAGCCGUUCCCGGUGCUCAGCUGAAUGCGCUGGAAUGUGAUAUGUGCGAAAUAGGCGUGAAAACUGCUGCGCCUAUGCUUGAUCAAGAUACCAAGGAUAUCGAAAAUGCUGUAAACAAAGAAUGCAAAAGUCUGCUUCACACUAUCCCAUUCGCUACACAAAAAUGCGAGAAGUUUGUCGACACAGAUUUGAACAAGAUCAUCAAGGAGCUCGAGUCGGGCACAGCCCCGCAGGACGUUUGCAAGAAGUUAAACAUGUGCUAG